AUUAAGUGAUCACAUGACCACAAAAUGGUGGGUGGUUUUUAGACGGAAGUCGAUAAAGUUUAUGUUAAUUUUGUUUUUAAUUUUGGAGCACAUCUGAUAAAUGAAAAUGCCAACCCAACAGUUAUCACCCCAAGAGGAACAAGAGAAGUUGUUGGAAGAAGCUGUUAACAUUGUAAAGAAUCAGUCAUUUCAGAUGAAAAGGUGUCUGGACAAAGGAAAAUUAAUGGAUGGUUUAAAACAUGCAUCAACUAUGUUAGGAGAACUUAGAACUUCUAUGCUGACACCAAAAAACUACUAUGAAUUGUAUAUGGCCAUUUCGGAUGAACUGAGACACUUAGAACUUUAUUUAGUGGAUGAAUUUCAAAAGGGAAGAAAAGUGGCAGAUUUAUAUGAAUUGGUGCAGUAUGCUGGAAAUAUUGUUCCCAGAUUAUAUUUGUUAAUAACAGUUGGAGUUGUAUACAUUAAAUCCAAUGAAUUAUCAAGAAAAGACAUUUUAAAAGAUCUGGUUGAAAUGUGUCGUGGUGUGCAACACCCUCUAAGAGGCCUCUUUCUCAGAAAUUAUUUAUUACAGUGCACAAAAAAUGUCUUACCUGAUGUUGAGGAAGAAUCAGCAGGAAAAGAUAAUGAAACAGGUACAGUUAUGGAUUCUAUAGACUUCAUAUUGCUGAAUUUCUCUGAGAUGAACAAACUUUGGGUCCGUAUGCAACAUCAAGGUCAUUCAAGGGACAAGGUCAAAAGAGAACAAGAAAGACGUGAGCUUAGAAUCUUAGUAGGAACAAACUUGGUCAGACUUAGUCAACUUGAGUGCAUUGAUAUGGAUAAAUACAAAAAGGUUGUAUUACCUGGUGUAUUAGAACAAGCUGUGAGCUGUAGAGAUCCAAUAGCCCAGGAAUAUCUUAUGGAAUGUAUUAUACAGGUAUUUCCAGAUGACUUCCACCUACAGACCUUAAAUUCAUUCUUACGAGCAUGUGCAGAAUUACACGAAAGUGUCAACGUGAAAAAUAUCAUUAUAUCUCUUAUUGACAGGUUAGCACAGUUUGCACAGAAUGAGGAAGGAACUGGUAUUCCCCCAGAAAUACAAUUGUUUGAUAUAUUUUCUCAACAGAUUGCACAAGUUAUACAGAAUAGACCUGAUAUGCCACCAGAAGAUAUUGUGUCUUUACAAGUAGCUCUGAUCAACUUAGCUCUGAAGUGUUACCCUGAUAAAGUGGAAUAUGUAGAUAAAGUCUUAGAAACUACAGAGGAAAUAUUUAACAGAUUAAAUCUUGAUCAUUUAGAGCAUGGUAGUCCUGUAUCUAAGGAGUUAAUCAGACUGAUGAAGAUUCCAGUGGAUACCUAUAACAAUAUACUAACAGUUUUACAGCUACAACAUUUUGGACCAAUGUUUGAGUACUUUGACUACCAGAGCAGGAAGAUCAUGAGUUGUUACAUUAUAAAUAAUGCUUUGGAAAAUGAAACUCUCAUACCAAGCCAAGAACAGGUUGAUUCAAUCUUAGGAAUUGUAAGUGUUCUAGUCCAGGACCAAUCAGAUCAACCAGAGGAAGCAGAUGACCCAGAAGAUUUUGCUGAAGAACAGGGAAUCAUGGGCAGAUUUAUUCACUUGUUAGAAGCAGAAGAUCUGAAUCAGCAAUAUCUAAUUUUAAAUACAGCAAGGAAACAUUUUGGUAAUGGUGGAGACAAGAGAAUAAAGUUUACAUUACCUCCCAUAGUAUUUUCUGCAUACAGACUUUCUACAAAAUACAGGGAAAUUCAAGAAGAGGAUGAAAAUUGGGAAAAGAAAUGUCAGAAAAUAUUUUCCUUUUGUCACCAAACCAUAGGAGCUCUGAUAAAAGCAGAAAUGGCUGAGAUUCCAUUACGACUUUAUUUACAAGGUGCCAUGGCAGCUGGACAAGUAGCUUUUGAAAAUCAUGAAACUGUCGCUUAUGAAUUUAUGUCACAGGCUUUCUCUUUAUAUGAAGAUGAAAUAAGUGAUAGUAAAGCACAGUUAGCAGCUAUUUCAUUAAUAAUAGGAACUUUAGAACAAAUGUCAUGUUUUGGUGAGGAGAACCAUGAACCACUGCGGACCCAGUGUGCUCUUGCUGCGUCUAAACUUCUAAAGAAACCAGACCAAUGUAGGGGUGUGUCAACGUGUUCACAUUUGUUCUGGUCAGGGGAGUCUGCUGCAUCAGAAGGGGAGAUGAAGGAUGGCAAACGUGUGACAGAUUGUUUAAAGAAAGGUGUUAAGAUAGCUAACCAGUGUAUGGAUAGCUCUGUACAAGUUCAACUAUUUGUGGAAUUACUCAAUCAUUAUAUAUACUACUAUGAAAAAGGCUGUGAUCAGGUGACAGUUCAAGUAUUAAACCAGUUGAUAACUAAGAUAAAAGAGACAUUACCUAGUUUAGAAGCCAACGAAGAAACAGAACAAAUAAAUAAACAUUUCCAAAAUACGUGCGACCAUUUACGUCUGAAGAAAGAUAAUCCAGAAAGUGAAGGAGUAUCAUAUGAGUCAUUAUCAGUUUAACAGACAUUUUUGUUUUUUGAGGGGAAAUCAUACUUAGUUGUUAAUCUGUCUUUGGCUAAAUAAUUGAAUACUUAGGUUCAGAAUUUAUUAGAUGUAUUUAUUGUUGCAAUUUUUAAAGAAAGGACAAAUAUGCAAAAUUUGUUCAUACUGUCAUUUCAGAAAAAUAUGCAUACAGAUUUAUGUAUCUGAUGUCAAAAUGUGCGUCCUUAUAUAUUAUUGUCACAUUCACCAAUUGUAUUAUUCGUAAUAGUAUAUGAAUUUACAGUCAUGCUUAGACACUCAUACACACUUUGGUACAAGAAAAGAACAAGGACCUAUGAAGUUAGCAUGAUAAGGGGGAGGGAAGCAAGCUUGAGAUGUGGCAUGAUUAACUUUGAUUUUGUUGGAAGAUAAACAGAUAUGUGUUACCAGUAAACCAGCACAUUGUGUCAUGACCUCAUGUUACAAAAAUCUUACAGUCAUUUGAGCUCUAAGAUUUAAUGUUUUUGCACAACAUGAGUCAAUUUUUUUUAUAUAUAAAUUAAAAAGCAUUGUUUUGGUUAACAAUCAGGAAACGUUUUGAAUUUGAACAAAAUCAUGUGGAAAAUGGCUUAUCCUUUUUUUAAGUGAAAGUUUUAUUUAUCUCUUUCUUAUAUUUCUUAUCUGAAUAUUUGUGAAAACUGUCUUUAUGUUUUUGAUAAACUGCUUUGAUUUACUGUAAAUUAAGAAUUUAUAUGUUCUAGUAUUUUUGAGGGGCAUUUGUUGUCAACAAAUUUCAAUUGUGUAACUAUGAAACAGAUUUUGAACUUUUUAUGCCACUGAGUUUAUUUAUUUUUCGUAAUAAGGAACACUUGCAAAUUCAUUAAUAAUAAAUUUAGUGGUUUUGCCAAAUUCUGCAAACAUUUCAAUAGAAUAUUUGUAAUUGAUGAACAUUUAAAUUUGUGUCUCCUCUAUACCUUUGAAAUCCAUGAAGUUGGAAUCUUAUGAAUAAUUAAAAAUCUACAGUAUUUAUACUUUGUUGCAGUGUAAAGAAUUACAGCAAAUGUUAGUGUGCAUUGUAGUGUUUAUUGAAAAUAUGAAUAUGGAUUAAAACGUAUUUGUUGCAGGUUCCUGCAAUUGAAAUAUAGACACUGUAAUACAUAUUUUCUUUAGUUACAAAACUUGAGUAUAUUUUCCUUUGUCUGUUUUAGCUGUUACUGUUGUCUGUGUAUACAGAGUAAAACAUUUAUAGAUA